AUGGCUAUAUCUAGUAAAGUUGGUAAAGUUGGUAAAGCUUCUAAGAAAGAAGUAAAGAAACAAGUAGAGUCAUCAAGUUCUAGUGAAUCAAGUUCAGGUGAAUCAAGUUCAAGUGAAUCUAGUUCAAGUGAAUCAGAAUCAGAAUCAGAAGAAGAAGUUAAAGAUGUAAAGAAAGAUAAAGAAGAAUCAAGUUCAGACUCAAAAUCAUCAUCGUCAUCAUCAGAAUCAGACUCCGACUCAUCAAGUGAUGAAGAAGAAGAAAAAGAAGAAGUCAAAAAUGUAAAGAAAGUUGAGAAAUCAAGUUCAAGCUCAGAAUCGUCAUCAUCAGAUUCAGAAUCAAGCGCAUCAUCAGACUCAUCAGAUUCAGAAGAAGAAGAAGAAGUAGAAGAAAAAGAAGAAAAAGAAGAAGUUAAAGAAGUAAAAAAAUCUAAAAAAUCAUCAUCAUCAUCAUCAUCAGAAUCAUCAUCAUCAUCAUCAUCAGAAUCAGAAUCAGAAUCAGAAUCCUCAGACUCAGAAGAAGAAGAAGAAACCGAAAAAUCAAAUAAAAGAAAAAUUGACACCGAAGAUUCAACGCCAGUCAAAAAAUCAAAAAUUGAUGAACCAGAAGAACCAGCUACAUUAUUUGUUGGUAGAUUAUCAUGGAAUAUCGACGAUGAAUGGUUAAAAAGAGAAUUUGAACAUAUUGGUGGUGUUAUUGGUGCAAGAGUAAUAAUGGAAAGAGCCACUGGUAAAUCAAGAGGUUAUGGAUAUGUUGAUUUUGAAUCUAAAUCACAAGCUGAAAAAGCUUUGGAAGAAAUGCAAGGUAAAGAAAUUGAUGGUAGACCAAUUAAUUUAGAUAUGUCAACUAGUAAACCACAUACAGCAAAACCAGCAAAUGAUAGAGCUAAACAAUAUGGAGAUCAACAAAGUCCACCAAGUGAUACAUUAUUUAUUGGUAAUUUAUCUUUUAAUGCUGAUAGGGAUAAUUUAAUGAAAAUAUUUGGAGAAUAUGGUAGUGUUAUAUCAUGUAGAAUUCCAACACAUCCAGAUACUGAACAACCAAAAGGAUUUGGAUAUGUGCAGUUUGCAGAAGUAGCAGAAGCUAAAGCAGCAUUAGAAGGAUUAAAUGGGGAAUAUAUUGAUAAUAGACCAUGUAGAUUAGAUUUUUCAAUCCCAAGAGAUAAUAAUAAUAAUAGUAACAGAGGUGGUAGAGGUGGUUCAAGAGGUGGUUCAAGAGGUGGUUCAAGAGGUGGUUCAAGAGGUGGUGCACCAAGAGGUCAAUCCCGUCCAAAAACUGAAUUUAAAGGAACAAAGAAGACAUUUGAUUAA